AUGGCGCCUGGUGUUCUUUCCUACUCUUCCUCAGGCACGUCGCCUUCUGCGAGUCCCGUAAUGAUGACCCCGAUCGAUCACUCCGAUACCACUUCCGAUGGCUUCACCAGCUUGUCCGUGGGGCCCCUAGAUGGCGUAGGUCUCAACAUCCACGGACAACCCGCCAACGGUAGUGGUCACUCCAACGGCCACACCAGUGGCGGCGCCGGCAGCAGCUCGAACACGGCCUACACGAACCCCGUCGGUGGCAGCGAUGCUGGCUUGAAACAGAUGCCCAUCGCCAUUGUCGGAAUGGCUUGUCGUCUGCCGGGCAGCGUCUCCAGCCCUGCCGAAUUCUGGGAGCUGUGCUCCCGCGCCAGAACCGGCUUCACUCCCGUGCCCAAGGAGCGCUUCAACCACGAGGCCUUCUACCACCCCAACCCUGGCAAGACUGGAGCUUACCACGCCCAGGGCGGCAACUUCCUCGACGUCGACCUGGCUUCCUUUGACGCCCCCUUCUUCGGCCUGACCGAGAAGGAGGCCAUUUCCAUGGACCCCCAGCAGCGCCUGCUGCUCGAGUGUACGUUUGAGGCCCUCGAGAACGCUGGUAUCCCCAAGCACACGAUUGUUGGAAAAGACGUCGGUGUCUUUGUCGGUGGCAGUUUCGCCGAGUAUGAGAGCCAUCUGUUCAGGGACAGCGAUACGAUACCCAUGCACCAGGCCACAGGAUGUGCCCAUGCGAUGCAGUCCAACAGACUUUCACACUUCUUCGACCUCAGGGGACCGAGUUUCACAGCAGAUACUGCCUGCUCUGCCAGUUUGGUCGCCUUGCACUUGGCGUGCCAGAGUUUGCGUGCUGGCGAGUCCACCACCGCCAUCGUUGGUGGUUGCCAUCUGAACAUGCUCCCCGAGUUUUGGAUCUCUUUCUCGUCUUGCAGAUUGCUUGCCGACUCCGGACGCUCCAUCGCGUUUGACCAACGCGGUACCGGUUUCGGCCGUGGCGAAGGCUGCGGUAUGGUCAUCCUCAAGCCGCUCGACCAGGCCAUCAGGGACAACGACUCCAUUCGCGCCGUCAUCCGAGGCACUGGUAUCAACCAGGAUGGCAAGACACCCGGAAUUACGAUGCCGAGUGGCGCAGCACAGGAGAAGCUCAUGAGGCAGGUCUACAGAAACGCGGGACUUGACCCCAACGACUGCGGAUAUGUCGAGGCACACGGCACCGGCACAAAGGUUGGUGACCCGAUUGAGGCCACCGCCAUCCACAAUGUUAUCGGUCAGAACAGGUCGACCAAGGACCCCCUCUUCAUCGGCUCCGUCAAGUCCAACAUUGGCCAUCUUGAAGCGGCCUCCGGUAUUGCCGGUGUCAUCAAGGCCGCCAUGAUGCUGGAGAGAGGCUUCCUUCUCCCCAACCACGACUUCAAGAAGCCGAAUGAGAAGAUCCCGUGGAAAGAGUGGAACAUGAAGAUUCCUGCCACCCAGAGACCAUGGCCCAAGAACAAGAAGUACAUCAGCGUCAACAAUUUUGGUUUCGGCGGCACCAACGCCCACGUGGUCCUGGAGAAGGCGCCAUUCUUCCCUGGGCCCAAGAAGGACAGGACUCUUCCUGCCCCUGAAAUCAAGAAGGUCAAGGGUUCCAAGAAGAUUUAUGUCUUGUCCGCCAACGACAAGAACUCUGUCAGCUCCGUCAUGAAGAGCCUCGUUGUCUACCUUGAGCAGAGGCCUGAGAUCUUCCAGAACGACCUGAUGGACAACAUCGCAUAUACCCUGGGUACGCGUCGCUCCAUGCUUCCCUGGAGAGUUGCCAUUCCUGCCCAGGACUCUUUCGAGCUCAUUGAGACUCUUAACAGCGGGAAGGUCAUUCCUGGCAAAGAGACCGAGCCGCUGAGAAUUGGCUUCGUCUUCACCGGCCAGGGUGCUCAAUGGUGGGGCAUGGGUCGUCAGCUUUACGGCACAUACCCCAUCUACACCGCCGCUAUCGACAGAGCCGAUGAGUGCCUGAAGAAGCUGGGCGCUGAAUGGUCUCUCGUCGAGGAGCUCAGCAGGGACCAAGAAUCCUCCAGAGUUGGAGAUGCCCACAUCAGUCAGCCGGCCUGCAGUGCCGUCCAGCUUGGAUUGACUGAUCUCCUUCGUACUUGGGGUAUUCGCCCUGUUGCUGUUGCCGGCCACUCCAGUGGUGAGAUUGGUGCUGCGUAUGCUGCUGGCAUCAUCGGGUUCGAGGCUGCCAUGGCCAUUGCAUACCACCGUGGUCGUCUUGUCCCCAUCUUGAAGAAGAGGAACCCCGAUCUUCGCGGGUCCAUGAUGGCUGUUGGCGGCACAAAGGAGGAAGUCCAGCCCAUGAUCGAUGCGUUGAAGCAGCAGCAAGUCAGAAUUGCCUGCUACAACAGUCCUUCCAGCUUGACAAUCUCCGGUGAUACCGAUGCUCUUGUUGAGCUUGAGAAGAACCUUGAGGAGAAGCAGAUGUUCAACAGACGCCUCCAGAUCGAGACUGCCUAUCACUCGCACCACAUGAACCUGGUCGCCAAGGAAUAUCGCGAAUCUAUCUCUGAUCUCCCGCAUCCCCAGACUACGGACGUCCGCUUCCACUCUUCUCUCUACGGCCAUCAGAUCGAUGGCUUCGAGUGCCAGGCUCACUACUGGGUCAAUAACCUGACCUGCCCCGUCCGCUUCUCCGAGGCCCUUGAGACCAUGUUGGAGCCUGUUGGCGAACACAAGACUGGUGUCAAUAUGAUCAUCGAGCUGGGCCCCCACUCUGCUCUCCAGGGCCCCAUCAAGCAGAUCUUGAAGCAUGUCGGAGAGCAUGCGACCAAGAUCCCAUACGUCUCUCCUCUCGUCCGCAAGAAGGAUGCCGUUGAGUCCGCUAUGGAUAUGGCCUGCAGCCUCAUCACCAAGGGUGCCAUUCUCAAUAUGGAUAAUGUCAAUUUUCCCAACCUGAAAAAGAAGCCGUCCCUGUUGACUGACCUUCCCCGCUACACCUGGAACUAUCAAAACAAGUACUGGCAAGAGUCUCGUAUGACACAGAUGCACAAGUACCGCAAGUCCCCCAGGAACGACUUGAUCGGUCUUGAGGCCAUCUACUCCAGUGAUCUUGAGCCCACGUGGAGAAACAUCAUUCACUUGGACGACCUUCCCUGGCUGCGUCACCAUGCCGUCCAGUCCGUCACUAUAUUCCCCAUCUCUGCUUUCAUUGGUAUGGCUCUGGAGGCCUCCGCUCAGUGGGCGCAGCGCAAGGAGAUGGCGUUUGAGAAGUUCGAGCUCCGAGACGUCUCUGUUAUCAAGCCUUUGGCACUCCAGGACGCCGAUGUUGAGUUGACCAUCAACCUGCGCCCUCACCAGGAAACUAACCUGACCGCAUCUGAGACCUGGAAGGAGUUCCGCAUCUGCUCUUGGACUCACGGAAGCGGCUGGACCGAGCAUUGCGUUGGUCUCAUUGCCCUCCAUACCAUCGAGACCAACGAGGUCGAUGGCAAGGAGCAGAAGUUGGCCGCUCUUCGUGGUGCUGAGGCCACCAUGAAGGCUAGUGAGGGCCCCGAGGCUGUUGCCGUUGCAGAGACGGACAUUUACGAGCGUCUCAAUGAGCUCGGUGUUGGGUAUGGGCCCUCUUUCCAGGGCAUCAAGGAUUGCAAGGCGUCCAACAAGUACGCUAUGGGUAAUAUUUCCUCCUUCGACAUUGCUGGAGACAUGCCCAACCACCACCAGACCAGCACUGUCCUGCACCCUACUUUCUUGGAGUCGGUCAUUCAGAUGUACUGGCCUAUCCUUGGCGUCGGCCGCGUCGACGUCAACACCGUCUACUUGCCCUCUUCCAUCGGCAGAAUCACCCUGAAGGCUUACUGCAAGGCCGACUUCCCUGCUGAGCCCCGUUCCACCAAGGUCUCUGUGUUCGCCACUGCUGAGAACAACGACCUGGUCAUCGAGAUCGAUGAGCUCACCAUCUCUCCCAUUAUUGAUGGCGAGACCGAGCUGGCCAGCAACCCAGCUCGUGAGCUCUGCUACAAGCUUGAGUGGGAGGACAUUGGCAAUCUGAAGUCGCUCUCUGGCAAGGCCAAGACAAAAGUCAACGGCGCCUCUGGAGUCAAGGUUGAUGCUCCCCUGCCCGACGUUGAUGUCGCAAUCAUCCACGGCGACUCCAACGCCCAGCAGACGUUGGCAAACGGUCUCGCUAUCGCCCUCGCCAGCGCCACCUCUAGACUCCCCGAGAUGGGCGGCAUGCAUGAGGUUAACACCGAGGGCAAGUUGACCAUCGUUCUCACUGAGAUCGAGCAGCCCUUCCUCUCCAACCCCACUAAGGAGCAGUUCGCUGAGGUCCGUAACAUGCUUGCCGGUGUUCAGGGCUGCCUGUGGGUUGUCCGUGGUGCUUACGAUAAAGCCACCUCGCCAGAGUCCAACAUGAUAGUCGGUCUCAGCAGAACCGUCCGCUCGGAGACUGUUCUGCCCUUCGCAACGCUAGACCUUGACGACAACAACCAGCUCGACGAGGAUGACUCCUCCGCAGUUAUCUUCGAGAUCUUCAAGCUCGCGUUCGGAGCCAACGCGUCCUCCACAAGCGAGCUUGAGUUCAUGGAGCGUUCCGGCCGCUUCUUCACUCCCCGCAUCGUCCACGAUGAGAAGAUGAACGAGAUUGUUCACCGUGAGACCAACCCCAGCGUCGUCGAGCUCCAGCCUUUCGGCAAGGACGACAGAUACCUCAAGAUGGAGUUCUCCACUCCAGGUGCCAUCGAGACGGUGCACUUUGUUGACGAUGUCGCUGCCACUCAGCCCCUCAGUGAUGACGAGAUUGAGUUCGAGGUUAAGGCCGUUGGCAUGAACCUUCGCGAUGUCAUGCUUGCCAAGGGUCAGAUCCCCGAGGCCAGCAAGCACGCCCUUGGUGUUGAGGCCUCUGGUAUUGUAACCAGAGUUGGCUCUGCUGUCAAGGCCCACAAAGCCGGCGACCGCAUCGCUGCCCUCACCAUCAAGCACGGUGCCUAUGCGACGCGCACUCGCACCACUGCCGCUAACGUCAUGCCUAUGCCCUCCAAGAUGUCUUUCGAGGACGCUUCUACCCUUCCCUUGGCCUACUGCACUGCCUACUACGCCCUGGUCGAGCAGGCACGCCUACGUGAAGGCCAGCGUAUCCUGGUCCACUCUGCCGGCGGUGGCAUUGGCCAGGCCUCCGUGUGCCUCGCCAAAAUGAUCGGUGCCGAGAUCUUCGUCACCGUCAGCACGGCAGCCAAGAAGAAGCUCCUGAUGCAGCACUACAAUGUCCCGGAGGACCACAUCUUCUACAGCCGCAACACCACUUGGAGAGCUGCUGUGAGGCGUGCCACCAACGAUGAGGGUGUUGACGUUGUCCUCAAUACCCUGCCGGGUGCCGAUGCUCUAAGAGAGAGUUGGGCAUGUCUCAGCCGCUUUGGCUGCCUCGUCGAUGUUCGCAGGAAGGAUGGAUCUCGCUCCACCCGCCUCGACAUGGGUCAGUCGGACAACAACGCUUCGUUCUUGAGCGUUGACAUCUUUGGUCUCGCCGCCGAGAGGCCCAAGCUCAUGGAGAGAUUAGUCGCCGAUGUCUCCAAACUGUUGGCUGACGACCAGCUCCGCCCUAUUGACCCCGCCACUGUCUUCCCCGUGUCCUGUAUGGAGACGGCCUUCAAGACGCUUCAGACCACGCAGGGCCCUGGCAAGCUUGUCGUUGUUCCCCAUGCCGAGGAUGUCGUAAUGGCCACUCCCUCCAAGGCUGCUAAGGCUCUGCUUAAGCCCGACGCCACCUACCUCCUCAUCGGCGGUACUGGUGGUCUCGGUCGCAGCAUGGCCAGAUGGAUGAUCGAGCACGGCGCCAGGAACUUGGUUCUCCUCUCCCGCAGCGGUUCCGCUACUGGUAAGGUCAAGGUUCUCAUUGAUGAGGCCGCCGAGGAGGGAGCCCACGUCACCGUCCGCUCCUGCAACGUCGCCGACAAGGCCAGUGUUGAGCAGCUGUUCAACAGCGGUCUCAGAGGUCUGCCACCUGUUCGUGGUGUCAUUCACGGUGCUAUGGUCCUUCGUGACGUUCUCUUCGAGCAGAUGAAGUUCAAUGAUUACACCUCGGUCAUUGAGUCGAAGGUCCAGGGUGCCUGGAACUUCCACCACGCCCUCCAGGAACGUCAGACCGAGCUUGACUUCUUCAUUGCCAUCUCCUCCGCUGCCGGGGCGGUUGGUAACCGUGGGCAAGCCGCCUACGCCGCAGCCAACUGCUUCCUCAACGCCUUCGUCCAGCACCGCCUCGCCUUGGGACUCCCCGCCACCUCCCUUGAUCUUACCGCUGUUUCUGACGCCGGUUACCUGGCUGAUGGCAGUGCCGAGCGUGCUGCCGAGGUCGCGAAGAACCUGGGCUCCGACAGCAUUUGCGAGGCCGAGGUGCUUGCCCUUAUCGGCGCUUCUAUCUCUGGCAAGACGUCUGUCUGCAACCACCACGUCAUCACGGGUAUGCGCAUCACGCCUACCAUCCAGCCCUUCUGGACGCCCGACGCUAAGUUCAAGGCCCUUCGUCUGGCGGCCGAGGAGCUUGCCGCCGCCGAGGCUGGUGCCAAUGGCGCCGUGUCACUCAACGCGGCCCUUAAGGCGUCGCGCAGCGAGACCGAGGCUAUGGAGGUCGUUUGCCGCGGCCUAGUCGAGAAGAUUGCUGCUGUUCUCAUGAUGGAGCAGGAAGACCUUGAUGUCACCCGCAGCUUGUCGCACUACCCUCUCGACUCGCUUGUCGCGAUCGAGAUCCGUAAUUUCAUCACACGCGAGUUUGAGUCCAACAUGCAGGUCCUCGAGUUGUUGAGCAGUGGUAGCAUCCAGACCCUGACCAAGGCCGUUUGCAAGAAGAGUAAGCUUUGCGUUGGCUUUGACUGGAGCAAGUAG